UCCAAAGCCCAGGCCCCGGUGUCGGGCACUGCCUCCUGACUUCAAACACCAUCUCACUCCCUCCGUCCCUCGCUGCUCGUCACAGCGGCUCCAGCUCCGCGCAGACCCUCCGCUGUGAAGCCUCCUCCCUGACCUGUGGCAAUGCCGCCGCCGCCGCCGCUGCUGCUGCUGCUGGUGGCCUCCGCUCUCCGAGUGGCCUCGGGUUUCUACCUCCCGGGCCUGGCCCCCGUCAACUUCUGCGAAGUGGAAAGCGGGGACUGCAAGAGUGCCAUUGAACUGUUUGUAAACAGACUGGACUCGGUGGAAUCUGUUCUUCCUUAUGAAUAUGCUGCGUUUGAUUUUUGUCAAUUGGAAAAGGAAAACCGUCCUUCAGAAAAUCUUGGCCAGGUUCUAUUUGGUGAAAGAAUUGAGCCAUCUCCAUACAAGUUCCAUUUUAAGAAGGAGGAGCAAUGUAAACCCGUAUGUAUCAAAAAUUAUGACCUGAGCAAAGAGCAAGACAAAUCAAAGUUGAUGUUCUUGAAGAAUGGCAUGAGUUUAAACUAUCAACAUCACUGGAUCAUCGACAAUAUGCCCGUCACGUGGUGCUACGAUGUCGAAGAUGGACAGAAAUUUUGUAAUCCUGGAUUUCCUAUUGGUUGUUACGUUACAAAAGAUGGUCAUCCAAAAGAUGCUUGUGUCAUUAGUUCUUCCUUCAACCAGAAGGACACCUAUUACAUCUUCAAUCAUGUGGAUAUUACAAUACACUUCCACAGUGAAGGAAAUGAGGUUGGAGCAAGACUUGUGGCUGCUAAAUUGGAGCCAAAAAGCUUUAAGCACACAAACAUCGAUAAACCUGACUGCACAGGAGGCUCUAUGGAUAUUUCCAAUGAAUUUAAAGGAAAACUUGGUAUUCUAUACACCUACUCUGUUAAAUACAUUGAAUCACACUUUAAAUGGGCAUCAAGGUGGGAUUACAUUUUAGAAUCCAUGCCUCACACGAACAUUCAGUGGUUUAGCAUCAUGAAUUCCUUGGUAAUUGUUCUUUUCCUAUCUGGCAUGGUGGCUAUGAUCAUGCUCCGAACCUUGCAUAAGGACAUUGCCAGAUAUAACCAAAUGGAUUCAACAGAAGAAGCUCAGGAGGAAUUUGGAUGGAAGCUGGUUCAUGGAGAUGUCUUCAGACCACCACGAAAAGGAAUGCUACUGUCUGUUUUCCUUGGUUCUGGCGCUCAGAUCCUUAUCAUGACCUUUGUUACUCUGUUUUUUGCAUGCCUGGGAUUUUUGUCACCUGCAAACCGAGGGGCCUUGAUGACAUGUGCUGUUGUCUUGUGGGUGCUGCUUGGAACCCCAGCAGGCUAUGUGGCUGCCAGAUUUUACAAAUCAUUUGGUGGUGAGAAGUGGAAAACAAAUGUACUCCUGACUUCUUUUUUGUGCCCAGGGAUUGUUUUUGCCGAUUUCUUCAUCAUGAACCUAAUUCUGUGGGGAGAAGGAUCUUCUGCAGCUAUUCCUUUUGGUACACUGGUUGCUAUCCUGUCAAUGUGGUUUGGUAUUUCAGUGCCACUUACUUUUAUUGGUGCCUACUUUGGCUUCAAGAAACAUGUAAUGGAACACCCUGUUCGCAUAAAUCAAAUCCCACGUCAGAUCCCUGAACAGUCAUUUUACACAAAGCCAUUGCCUGGAAUUGUUAUGGGUGGUAUACUGCCCUUUGGAUGCAUCUUUAUUCAGCUGUUCUUUAUUCUGAAUAGCAUAUGGUCUCACCAGAUGUACUACAUGUUUGGUUUCCUGUUCUUGGUGUUUAUUAUUCUGGUGAUCACGUGCUCUGAGGCAACUAUUCUCCUCUGCUAUUUCCAUCUUUGUGCUGAGGACUACCAUUGGCAGUGGCGAUCAUUCCUAACAAGUGGAUUUACGGCAAUAUAUUUCUCAAUCUAUGCAGUGCAUUACUUCUUCACCAAACUCCAGAUUACUGGGACUGCCAGCACCAUUUUGUACUUUGGAUACACUAUGAUAAUGGCCUUGAUCUUCUUCCUUUUCACGGGAACAAUUGGAUUUUUUGCAUGUUUUUGGUUUGUGACUAAGAUAUACAGCGUUGUGAAGGUGGAUUAAUAGAAGAGAAUCCUGUUUUUUGAGAAAUGGACUUGUUUUAAACAAAGUUAUUUUUACUGAAUUAAUAACAUAGGAAUGGGAGUAGGCCAAUUCGUCCAUCAAGCCUCUCCAACUUAUUACUCCAUGACAGAUAUUUGCUUUCUCUUUAAUACCAAUUUCUCUGCUUUUAUCUCCGUACUGUUCACUUCUAAAUUUCUAUCUAUAUCUAUCUUUCUAUUUCUUUUACACAUCUCAAUUCAUUUUGCAUUAAUGGACUUCAGGGGAAGACAGUGCAUUCUUUAGACUCACAACUUUUGUGUGAGAGUGUUAUGGAUUCCCUUUUUAAUCAGCUUAGUUACAACUUUAAAAUGAUGUUCUUGUUUUGAAUUUCCCUGCUAUAGGCAAUAGUCAUUCUGUAACUACCAUGCUACUUUCCUUUAUUUUAAAGAACAUUAUUCACCAUAAAUCUCGUCAACUUGAGGGAAUAUAACCCUUGCUGUACCUAGCCUUUCAUCAUAGCUAAUACCCGUUUCAUACAGGGUAUCUAUCAUUCUGAAAAUUAUUACUUGACCUUCAAAAGCAUAUACUGUAUCCUUCUAAAAAAACAAAAAAAAGGAGUGCCCCAAACUGAACACUACUUCAAAUGAAGUUUAACUAAUGUUUUGUAUAACUGGUUCCUUUUAGGUGGCAUACAUCUUGUGCUAAAACCAUUUGGCUGUUUACACCAGCAAAAUAUCUUCUGAAUUAUGUUUCUAGCUCCUUAAAUGCCUUUUUGCUUCCCUUUUCCUUAACCUUGUGCUUUACCAUUUAGAAUGCAUCUCCAUCUUGUAUUCAAAAUGUACAACCUCACACUUAACUACAUUGAACUACAUCUGUCUUCAAUCUGCCUAUUUCAAUUUUUUUGCUCUCCAUUGCAAUUCACUGCAUCAAGUGAAGCCUUUGGAAUUAUUUUGCUACCUGCACAUGAAAGAAUCUAGUAAAUGAGAACUCGCCUACAAAACACUGACACUACUGCUGUAAUUUACAGCAUAUGGGUACAAACCAAUUGGAAUGAUUGAACAUAUUUUGUUUAGAAGAUUUACCAAUUUACCUUUUAUGUUAAAAUCGAUUUUGCUUGGUGGGGGGUGGGGGGUAUGUGUUUAGUUUCUAUUGCCUCUUUGUUUAUAUAUUGCACUUUCUUUCAUUAUAUAUUUCUGUUGGCACAGUUGUUCAGAAAGAUCCAGGUGACAUAAUAAUAAAUGUGUAAAUACCAGCAUAUGUCUUCUACUUGAAAUAAUACUCAAAAUACCAGUAUAUUAAAGGCUGCAAAACUCAUUGCAAUAAAGCCAUAAAAUCUGGUUUCUCAUUACCUGACUGAAUUUAUUUUGGUACUUAAGGCUUAUCACAUUUUGACAUCUCUCAUCACUUCGCAGUGUUCUAAUUUGUAGAUGUUUGUACAAAACUUUGGUGCUCGUAGCAUUGACUUCCAGCUCUUGCUAGCUGUCCAUGAUGACAAUGGUCUUCAGUUGCAUAGAAAAUUCUUAAUCCUACCUUGUAGCGUGCUUUUGUAAGUUAAAUUUAUUAGAUAAAUUUUCAUCUAGAAAGAAUAUUCUUAAUUUGGAUCUUACUCUCACCCAUGAUUUCAAAAUAAAUCUUUCUGUAAAUUGUAAGAAAAAGAAUAAGAAGCUAAAGAGUAAAAUAAAGUAAUAGAAGGGGCAAGGAGUCUAUGGACUCGAUAAGGAAGAAGUAGAAUACAUUUUUUCUUCAUCCAUGCUUGCACAAGUAUAUAUUUAAUACAUUAGCAAACAAAUAUCUUGCUACACCUUGAAGGGGGUCUGGUUGAAAAACAUUUUUGGCCUAUUUUAGUGAUUCUGGCUCAGACUACUGUCUAUUUUAAGAUUUUAUUUUAGUUGCAUGGUGAAAUGUAAAUAAUAUUUACAGCAAUUGGGGGGGAUGACAGAGUUUCUAAUCUUUGAGGGAUAGCUUAAAUAUUCACUAUUAUUGUGAAUGAAUAUUUUACAUGGAUUUGUUCUUCAUUAAUAAAUGUAUUGGGUCCUUUUUUAACUGAUUUGUCAUUUGAAUACUGUGUCUUGUAUAUUUUGUUUAUUUUUGAUCGGUCGGGUGGUCCUUUGCCUGUUUUACACUAUGUACCUCUGAAUCGCUCAACUUGAAAUCUAUGAUCUUUUGUUGAAUAAAUCUUCUGUAUAAAAAUA